UUCUACAUGCCCUUAAGUUUCUGGUGGGUGCAUUUAUAUUCAGAAUCAGCAUUGCACCCGUCCGGAGCUAUGGCGGCUGCUUGUAUGCCCAUAGAUGAAACAAGAAUCGUUUCCAAAUAUGAGCAUUAGUGUUCGCGUAGCGCCUCUGUGAAUGGAAUGCCGAAGUACGUUGUGUAUGAAGAAUCAAGAGACCGUAGAUCAAAUGUUUCCGUCAAAAUAUUUUACAUAGGGGGAUCCAAAUGAUUACACCAUAGUAUUUCUGUGCAUCUUGGUGAAAUUCUAUAAGUGAAAGGUUCUGCCAAAUACGUGACACUGUAGAUCAGUGGAGGUCUUAAAAAAAUUUGUUAGGAUAGUUAAUUUUCGAAUGCAUAUUAAUUCAAUGAUAAUUCAACGAUGUGAAGGAAUAAGAAUAUGAAGAAGAAACAAAAGAUGGUUGGCGGCCAAUCUAAACCACAAACUAGAAGGUAUAAAAGAAAGUCUCGAAAUUCAGAUUCCGAUCCAGAUUUUUUGUUGGAAAAAAAGAAGGUUGCUAAAAAAAUUAAGUCAGAAGAAGAAAAUUCUGAUGAACGCAAAAAAUCUAUACCAGAUACUGAAAAACCAGCAAAGAAACGGAAAUCUCGUAACUGCGACAUGAGCGAUAAAGACGAAAAUUCCAAACAAAUAAUCAGGAGAAGAAAAAAUAUCAAGCUGGAAUUGGUAAAAAUAGAGAAAUUCGUAAACUUGAAUGAAGUGAAGGAACCGCUGAAAUGUGGCAUCUGCACCGAGAGUUUCAUGUCCCACGUGGAUUUGGGUUUGCACUCAAAGGUUCACAAUGAAGAUGGACUGUACUCUUGCCAUCAGUGCGACUAUACAAAAGAGAAGAAAUCCUUAUUUAAAAACCAUGUUCUUAGCCACGACCUCUGGAAAUGCGAGAAGUGCAACAAAAUUUUCAGGAGCAAACGCUGCGCCCUCAAGCACUCCAAAACACACGUCGCUAAAAGUUUUGUCCAAUGCGAAAUGUGCGGCAAAGACGUAAGGAAUGUAUAUUUGGACACACACAAGAAACUAGUCCAUGCUGACGAGAAGACAAUUCACAUCUACAAGUGUACUCUUUGUGACAAGUCCUACAAAAACUCGACCGCUCUCAAAGGUCAUUACUCUUACAACCACAAAGACUAUGGCAUUGACACUUCCGUCAUUUGUGACAUAUGCGGAAUGCGAUUGUCUUGUAAAGGAAAACUAGCGCAACACACCAGAACGCACACUGGCGAUAGACCUUAUUCCUGUACGGUAUGUCCUAGGAAGUUCAUAUCAAAUGAUAUCCUCAGAGCACACAUGAGGGUUCAUACAGGUGAAAAACCGUACGUCUGCAUGUAUUGCGGAAAAAAGUUCGCACACGGUGCCCCGUACAGGUACCACAUAAAAACACACACAGGUGAAAAAUCCUUCAAUUGUUCCAAUUGUGGAAAAGGGUUCAUUUCUAGGGCUAAUAUGAAAAUUCACAUGAAGAGCUGUUUAUUUCCUGUCAGACUGCUCAAUUGAAUCUGUGGAAAGACUGUUUGGUAGGGUGAUGAAAUCAAAAAUUAUUCCAGAAUCAAGAUUAUCUAUAUCACAUGGCGAUGGACAGUUCAGUUGAUUCUAAGGGCUGCUUUCAAAUUAGAUAUUUCAAGUUAAUGAAAACAUUUUCAAUUAGAAUCGCAUGUAUUUUGUGAAUUUG